UUAUAUAUAAGAGUGACAUUUUUAUAUACUAUUAUUCUGAUAAUCCUUGCAGUUGAGAUUCUAGCACCAAGAACAACAAUUGGAAUUUCAUUUAUUAUUGGUCUUGUCAUUUAUAAGUGGCGUAGACGACAUUUGUCAGCAUACGAUGUCAUUGAAAAAUUUCUACAAAGUCAAAACAAUCUCAUACCAAUUAUAUAUGCAUAUUCAGAGAUUAAGAAGAUGUCUAAAGACUUUAAAAUUAAAUUAGGUGAAGGAGGAUUUGGCUCUGUAUAUGAAGGAACGCUUCGUAGUGGUCAUUUUGUGGCAAUAAAGAUGUUGGGAAAAUCCAAAAAUAGUUGGCAAGACUUUAUUAAUGAAGUUUCUACUAUUGGAAGGAUUCACCAUGUCAAUGUUGUGCGACUAGUAGGUUUUUGUGUGGAAGGUUCAAAGCGUGCUCUUGUAUAUGAAUACAUGCCCAAAGGAUCUUUGAAUAACCAUAUUUUUUUGAUAGACCAAGAAAUAAAUAAUUCCUUAUGCGACGGAAAAAUAUUUGAUAUCUCACUUGGAAUUGCUCGCGGUAUUGAGUAUCUUCACCAAGGAUGUGAUAUGCAAAUUUUGCAUUUUGAUAUUAAACCUCACAACAUUCUUUUGGAUGAAAAUUUUAUUCCCAAGAUUUCAGACUUUGGUCUAGCAAGAUUAUGCCCUUUGGAGAAUAGCAUUGUGUCUUUAACUACAGUUAGAGGAACCACCGGAUACAUAGCUCCAAAAUUAUUUUACAAAAACAUUGGAGGAGUCUCCCACAAAGCAGAUGUAUAUAGUUUUGGAAUGUUGUUGAUAGAAAUGGCUAGUAGAAGGAAAAACUUGAACACACAAGCAGAGCAUUCAAGCCAAAUGUAUUUUCCUUUAUGGGUGUAUGACCAUGUCAAGAAAGAACGGAAGAUAGUACAAGAAGACAUUACAAAUGAGGAAGAUGAAGAAGAAAUAACAAAAAAGAUGAUUGUGGUUGCAUUAUGGUGUAUACAAUUGAAGCCUUGUGAUCGCCCUUCCAUGAGCAAAGUCAUAGAGAUGUUAGAGGGUGAUGUUGAAUGUUUAGAAAUGCCUCCAAAGCCUUGCUUGUAUCCACAAGAAUCUUAUAAUAACGCCGAGGCUACCACUGAAGAUACAUGAUCAAAUACAGGUUAUAUAACAUGCUCGUUAUCAUUUCCUGAAAAUUCUUUUUAAAAUUCAUCAAUGGUAAUUCAGUUAUUGUGUUUAAGUAGUCUACAUUUUAUUUUUCACCAUUUGGAACAAUUUUUUGACUUUUGAUGUUUUUAUGCAUUACAUAUACUUGUCCAUGCAUCUUGUAUUAUAUUGUAUCCAAGUAUUAAAUAUGUAUUGGCAUUACUCUAAAGCUAAAAUGCAUUGUGUCAAAGAAAUAAUUACUCUGAAGUA